AUGAAUCUAUUACAUUCCAAGCUUCGUCGUAGCUUUUGCGUGCCGCUGAGUAUCCGCAAAAAUCCGGAGAAGAUCAGAAAAAGAGGUUGUGUCAAUUUGGAUAUGAUGGACUCGUUGGAUGUGUUGGUAAUUGGGGAUCCCUUAUUUGGCAAGUCCUUGAUGACCGAAAGAUUUGCGAACGCUUCAGGGGCUUAUUGUGUGAUUGAGUAAGCCUGGUCUUGCAGCGGGAUUUCUUUAUAACAAAUUUUGCAAAAAAAAUCCGUUUUGAAAGCGGUUUUUGUGGGCUUGCCUUGGCCUAAAUUUAUAUAUAGUUUCCUUGAUAACUGUUAUUACAAGUAGGGCUUGAUUUACAAGACUUCGGUGUACAAAGCUUUCACGGUAAUGGUAGAAGAAGUAUUAAACUCCAAGUGCGACGCUCAGGCUUUGAUUUACAUUUUUUCUAAGACAUGCAAGACUUCUAACUUGCGGUCUGCAGAAACGACCGGAAUUUUUAAAUCAAAAUACGGAAAAAAUUUAAAUUUUUUUUUGCAAAUUUUGGCAUGAAAAGCUUCUUGGCUAUUUCUUCCUUUGAAGUAUACUGCAUUUACUGUCUACUCUUUUUUUAGGCCUUACAUUCACAAAGUGAUUCAUCGUCACAUCAACGGGCAACUUGUGCAUUUUACAUUGACCAAUCUUCCCGACGAAGUAAUACCACCUUGAAAUUGAGAUUUUAACUUAUGUAGAAUGCAACUAAAUUACUUAUUUCAGCACAUCUCACUGAAAGACAUUACCAAAGCCAACGCGAUUAUUCUUCUGUUUGAUGAAGAAGAUGCGGAAUCUCUCGACAGAUUGCGAAGGGUUUGGAUGGAUAAAUUCGCCAAACUCUGCGAGAACGCGCUCGUUUUUGUUUGUGGUAGGCAGAUCUGUGCCCCGAAAAAGGGUGCCAAUUACAAGAACGUAUUUUACAUUUUUUUUGUAUUUUUUGCAGGCAUAACCAGCUAUAUUCACCAAAGAAGAUUAUUCUUUCAUUCUCGGCCUUCUCGAGAAGACAUUCAAAAAUUUGUGCGACUGGUGAACGCAGUGGAUUUCUUUAGUGUCGAGUUGGAAAGCUCGGCACAGAUUUGUCAGGUACCCUUUGUUUACCUUUUUUGGGGUUUUUUGAAAUCUUAAAGCCAAAAUUUUUAUCUUUUUUUAGGUUUUCGACAGUGUGCACGAUAAAUGUUACGUCCCUAUGCGACGUAAAAAGCGCCGCAGUUUGUCGCCAAAGUCACUCAGCAAUCUCAAAUUUUGGUGA